CGUCGACCGGUCAUCGUAACGGACAGCGAAGAGAUCCAAGUUCUUUGUCGAAACUGACCAGGAAGUAAAGAUUAUAUUUUGCUAAUUUUGAAAUCAUUCCACGGAACAUUUCUCAGAAUGCGUGAAUGUAUCUCGAUCCACGUCGGCCAAGCCGGAGUCCAGAUAGGCAAUUCCUGUUGGGAGUUGUACUGCCUGGAGCACGGGAUCCAGCCUGAUGGCCAGAUGCCCUCAGACGCCUCCCUCGGUGGUCGAAGUGGUCAUGGACAUGGUGGUGGUGAUGACUCCUUCAACACCUUCUUCAGUGAGACUGGAGCUGGCAAGCACGUUCCCCGCUGCGUCUUCGUCGAUCUCGAACCAACUGUCAUAGAUGAGGUUCGUACCGGUACCUACCGUCAGCUCUUCCACCCUGAGCAGCUGAUCACUGGCAAGGAGGAUGCUGCCAACAACUACGCCCGUGGGCACUACACCGUCGGCAAAGAACAGAUUGACAUCGUUAUCGAUAGAAUCCGCAAGCUGGCUGACCAAUGCACAGGUCUCCAAGGAUUUCUCAUCUUCCACAGCUUCGGUGGCGGCACUGGCUCUGGCUUCACCUCCCUGCUCAUGGAGCGUCUUUCUGUCGAUUACGGAAAGAAGUCCAAGCUUGAGUUCUCCAUCUAUCCGGCACCCCAGAUAGCCACUGCCGUAGUCGAGCCCUAUAAUGCCAUUUUGACAACCCACACCACCCUGGAGCACUCCGACUGUGCCUUCAUGGUCGACAACGAAGCCAUCUACGAUAUCUGCCGUCGCAACCUUGACAUCGAGCGUCCCAGCUACACCAACCUCAACAGACUUAUCUCUCAAGUCGUCUCCUCCAUCACCGCUUCUCUGCGAUUCGACGGCGCCCUCAAUGUCGAUUUGACCGAGUUCCAGACCAACUUAGUGCCUUAUCCUCGAAUCCAUUUUCCCCUGGCUACCUAUUCACCCGUAGUCUCAGCUGAAAGGGCCUUCCACGAGCAGUUGACCGUUGCUGAGAUCACCAACGCCUGCUUCGAGCCCUCCAACCAGAUGGUGAAGUGCGAUCCCCGUCAUGGCAAGUACAUGGCUUGUUGUCUUCUAUUCAGAGGUGAUGUCGUCCCCAAGGAUGUCAACGCCGCCAUCGCUACCAUCAAGACCAAGCGUUCCAUCCAGUUCGUCGACUGGUGUCCAACUGGCUUCAAGGUCGGUAUCAACUACCAACCACCCACCGUCGUCCCUGGUGGUGAUCUUGCUAAGGUUCAGCGUGCCGUCUGCAUGUUGAGCAACACCACCGCAGUCGCUGAGGCCUGGGCCCGUCUCGACCACAAGUUCGAUCUGAUGUACGCCAAGCGUGCUUUCGUCCAUUGGUACGUCGGAGAAGGUAUGGAGGAAGGAGAGUUCUCCGAGGCUCGUGAGGAUAUGGCUGCACUGGAGAAGGACUACGAAGAAGUUGGCAUGGAUUCUGUAGAUCCCGCAGACGAAGAAGAGCAGGAUGAAUAUUGAAAUAAUGGGACAGCGAGCACUACAAGAGUUCUGUUAGGAAAUACGAAGUUAAAUAAUGGGCUUAACCACCAACUUCUAUUCCUUAGAUAAAUUCAGAUCCAUAAAUGAUAUCAAAAGGAGAGACAGUUUCAAUCAUGAAACUUGUUUUUUUUUAGAGAAAAAAACAACAACCAUACUUUUAUACUUAUUUGUAAAAUCACCCCUUUGGGAUCUCUUGAAUAAUUAUUUUUCAGUCGUGAGUAGAAAGGGAGUAUAUUAUACAUGACCAUGUACAAAUCAUUUAUGUACCUCAUGCAAUAUUUCACGUACGUGGAUUAAUACUUUUUCAGUUUGUGCAAAGAUUUAGCAAUAAAAAUUCGGAAAGGAAAGAAAUGCA